AUGAGUAGUAGCACAGAGGACGAUGAAGAUGUCAUCCAUCAAGGCACAAAGCGAAAAGCCUCCUAUUCGGGCGAUCAAGAUCAUAACGACGAAAAACGCAGAAAUUUUCUGGAAAGAAACCGCCAAGCUGCCCUGAAAUGUAGACAGAGAAAAAAGCAAUGGUUGACAAAUCUUCAAGAACGAGUCGAGUAUUUGACCAAUGAUAAUGAGCAAUUACAGAUGCAAGCCAAUGUGAUGAGAGAUGAAGUGUUGAGUCUUCGAAGGUUACUGAUGGUUCAUAAAGAUUGUCCCAUGACUGUACAACCACCCAUGUAUAUCGUGUCAACCACAACAGCAGCAAAACUGACUUAA